AUUUUUUUUAUUUUUAGACAGAUAGUAAAUUAAUUUUCGUUUGUAAAUCAUGGCUAAAAGAAUUACUUGUAUAUAAAAUCUAUAAAUCGGUAUUUUAGACUGUAAUCAGUGAUUGUUAAUUAAUUGAUAUGUCAUUGCUUUGUUUUAAGUGCAGGAAGUUGACAUCAAAAAGUGCGACUGCGCACUGGCCAAAUUAGUAGUGUGAAAGAAAAUGGCGAUCAGCGAAAGGCGUCCGGGGUUAACGUGAUGAAAAACAUUGCUAAAAGCUCAAUUACAUAGUGUUAUAGUUGUUAAUUGUGUCAGAUGUAGAUUAAUUAAGUGUUAAUGAUUAGUGAGUGUGUAUAAAAUGGCUGCGAAUAUGUACAGAGUCGGCGACUGCGUCUAUUUCGAGACGUCGUCGACGUCUCCGUACCAAAUCCGGCGAAUAGAGGAACUGAAUAAAACGUCUUCUGGCAACGUGGAGGCGAAAGUCAUGUGCUUCUACAGGCGGCGGGACCUGCCCAACCCUCUUAUACAGUUAGCGGAUAAGCAUCAAAUGGCCCAGUCAGAAGAUUCACCGGUCGCAAUGAAACUCAAGAAAAUAUGCCUUAAGACGCCUAUAGGCGAGGAACAGGCGGCACAAGCAGUUUUAGACCCAGCGAUAGUUGCAAUGGAGGAGGAAUCUUGUGAGCUGCCGGUCGCGGAUGGGUUGGUGCCGAAGCAGCGGCACCAGGCCAAGCACCGCGAGCUGUUCCUGUCGCGGCACGUGGAGACGCUGCCCGCCACACACAUCCGCGGCAAGUGCACCGUCACGCUGCUCAACGAGACCGAGUCGCUCCUCAGCUAUCUCAAUAAGGAUGACGCAUUUUUUUAUUGUUUAGUAUUUGAUCCUUCACAAAAGACUUUAUUAGCGGAUAAGGGUGAAAUCAGAGUGGGAAGUAGAUAUCAGACUGAAGUAACUAAUUUAUUAAAAGAAGGUGAGGAGGACACUCGGAAGAGUGAAGAGUUAGAAACGCUAGUGUGGACGCCGGAGCAUGGGCUGACGGACCGGCAGAUAGACCAGUUCCUGGUGGUGUCACGCUCAGUGGGCACCUUCGCGCGAGCGCUGGACUGCUCAUCCAGCGUCAAACAGCCCUCACUUCACAUGUCGGCCGCGGCCGCCAGUCGAGACAUCACACUUUUCCACGCGAUGGACACAUUACAUAAGAGCGGAUACAGCAUAGAGAGCGCGCUAUCGUCACUAGUGCCAGCGUCCGGCCCGGUGCUCUGCCGGGACGAGAUGGAGGAGUGGUCCGCAUCCGAGGCCAACCUGUUCGAGGAGGCGCUCGACAAGUACGGCAAGGACUUUGCCGACAUCCGGCAGGACUUUUUGCCGUGGAAGACACUGAAGAACCUGGUGGAGUACUACUACAUGUGGAAGACGACGGACCGGUACGUGCAGCAGAAGCGGGUGAAGGCGGUGGAGGCCGAGUCCAAGUUGAAACAAGUGUACAUUCCCAAUUACAACAAGCCGAACCCUGCUCUCCUACCGACCAAUAAUGGCAACAGCAACGGCAAGGGCACGGUACUCAACGGCGGCACCAACGGUACCCCUGCGAUGGCACCCACGCUCUGCGCUUCUUGCCAAGUGACAAAUUCAAACCAGUGGUACUCAUGGGGACCCCAGCAUUUACAAUAUAGAUUAUGUGGGCCGUGUUGGCAAUACUGGAAGAAAUAUGGUGGAUUAAAAACGGCGGGCGUGUUCGGCGAGACGGAGGCGGAAGUGGUUCGCAGCGCGCGUGCCGAGGGCGAGGAGAACGUGCUGUCCGCGUCGCAUCGCCCACAUCGUUGCACUGUAGUCAACUGUGCCAAGGAGUUCAAACUGCGUGCCCACCUGGCGCGGCACGUGGCCACGGCUCACGGCGGCUGCGAGGGCGCGCGCCCCGUCAUGAAGACACGAGCGGCCUUCUACCUUCGAGCUUCGCCCUUCACGCGACUGGCCCGCCGCCUGGUGCGAGCGCUGCGGCGUCCGCGACACUACGCGCGCUCACCCUUCACGCCCAUCAACCUACACCAAGUCAAACAUGAGUGUACGCUGGCGAUGGCGGGCAUGGGCAGCGCCGCGGCCGACGUGAGGCUGGGCGGGCGAGCGCGCGUGCGCGGGGCGGUGGCCGCCGUGGCGGGGCGGCUGGCGGCCGCGCGGGGCGGCGCCGCGCCGCGCUCCGCCGACUGGCUCACGCUCACGCCCAAGGACGCGCUGCCGCAGCCCGACCACGUGGCCUUCCCCAAGCCGCCGCGCGCGCCCGAUGGCAGCCUCAUGUACGAGCGCGUGCUGUCCCGCGCCGAGCUAGAGGCUCGCCGCGAGCCAGCCGUGCUGCCGCUCGCGCCUGCGCCCGUCGCACUCAAGCGCCGCGCGUACGAAGACAUCAACGGUCUCGACAGAAACGUGUCGGGAGCGGUGAGCGUCGGCGUUGGCGCGGGCGACCUCGCGCCGCCGCCCGCCAAGCGGCCCAACAAGCACCCCGCGCCCAUGCAACGUCCUUCGCGCGAGCAAUACGCCGCCAUGUGUGCGCGCGCGCAGGCUACAGGUCAGCCGCUGCCUGCGCACGUUUUCGCACACGUGAACGGCAAGCCGACCAAUCUAAGCGGUCGCGGCGGUCGGCGUCAUGUCAUAUCAUGGAUGGACGCCCCUGACGACCUGUACUACAGAGCCUCUGAACUCGCCAAGGCCGCCCGGAGACAACUGAGCUGCGGCGAGCUGCGGCGCGGGGCGCGUGCUCCGUGGCGGGCCAUGCGGCCGCCGGCCGGGCCGCCCGUGCUGGGCGCGCGCGGGGCGGUCGCGGGGGCGGGGGCCGCGCCGCUGCAGCUGGUGAUCCUGGACUGACAGCAGGCGCGGCCGCCGCCGCCGCGCGCCUACUCCAUGGAGGCGCUGCUCGGCUGAGCGUGUACAUAGUGACCCACGUGACGCGACGGACUCUCCGCGGACCCGUUUGUAGAUAAUAUUUUAACUAUAUUGUUCUCAUGUGGUUCGAUCUGGCGACGAGCGAUGUAUUUGAUACAUAAAAUGAUAUGUAAGUCUAUUUCAUUCGGAGAUUCAUUGUAGGAUAAUUUACAAUUUUUUUCAUAAAUAAAGCACAAAUCGGAU